AUGUCUGAAAUAUUCACUGCAAUCUCAGAGUUGGGGUAUGCAUCACCAGGAACAGCACUGCAAGUACGCAUUCUCCGUACAUGGACGCCACAAGUCCGAGGUCAUGAAACCUGGUUUUUAGUGGUCGACAAAUAUUCUGCUCUUGCUCUUUCUAAAUGCUAUACACUGACUAAAUAUGGAUGUGGAGAACCAUACGUGUACCAGAAAUGGUUACACAAUCCAAUAUACAUCGGUGUUGGCACUGCGUCCUCUAUUACCUCUAUCCCAAACACAGUUACUAUUCCAACACACUGGUUUAACUUCAUACCAAAAAGCCAAAUACCAGAUUAUAUCAACCAUUACCCAGAUUUCUUAGGAGUUUUCGAUAAACUGGUGGCCUGCACUAAGAAAAACGAUGAACCUUACCUACUCUUCAUUCUAAGGAAUGAAUUUGGUGAAGAUAUUGCGAUAAGCUUGUGGAAAGAAUGCACUGACGCACCUUCAAAAUUUAAUCGGAACGCAAUUGAGAAUGCACCUGCUCCCACUGUCAUUGUUGUCACAAACGUCCGAAUCAUGGAUUAUGGUGGUUCAUUAAGGUUAGGAACUAGUAGUGCAACCAACAUAUACGUAACUCCACCUAUCGAAGAAACAUAUACACUUCUGGAUAGCUACAUGAAAAAUGUUGCUUCAACACCUUUGUUUGGACUUCCAAUGCCAAUUAAACAGAUAAAUGAGAAAAAAAAACAUUCAAAUCUCUUGGAAGUAGCAGAUCUUAUUGAAGCAGCUCAGAUGAAAUUACAAGAAGGCUUCAUCAUGGAUGAAACCUCUCACACCAGUCUCUUGACAGAUACUGACAACCCCAUCUCCAGAAUCCUGAAAACAAUCCUGCAAAAUGCCAAAGAGGAGGACCAGUCCAUGGAAGACAACAUCUCCUUCAUGCUCAUAUCAAUUCAUAAAUGA